CUGAGAGGCACCAGGCCCAACCGCCACACCACACACCUCCCAGCUCUGCAGACGAGAUGCAGCAACUGUGUGUGUAUGUGCUGAUCUUUGCACUGGCUCUGGCUGCCUUCUCUGAAGCUUCUUGGAAGCCCCGCUCCCAGCAGCCAGAUGCACCCUUAGGUACAGGGGCCAACAGGAACCUGGAGCUACCCUGGCUGGACCAGCAAGGCCUAGUCUCUCACCACCGAAGGCAGCUGGGACCCCAGGGUCCCCCACACCUCGUGGCAGACCCAUCCAAGAAGCAGGGACCAUGGAUGGAGGAAGAAGAAGCAGCCUAUGGAUGGAUGGACUUUGGCCGCCGCAGUGCCGAGGAUGAGAACCAACAACCCUAGAACCAAGCUUCAGAGCCCAGCCACCUCCCACUCCAUCCCAGCCCUAUCCCCUGAAAAACUAAUCAAAAAUAAACUAGUUUCCAGUGGAUC